AUGUGGGCGUGCCAGCCGGCUUGGACGAGGAUGGUAGGGAGCGGAUUUGGGCUUCAUUCCUGGCUCGCACCCGCUUCGAUGCAGCUCCACGGGCUUCUCCUCGCCCUCUGCCUGCUCUUCCUGGGCAUCCAGGCCCAACAGCAGACCUUCGACAGGCAAGAUCGGGACUAUCGGCCAUUGCAAUUCGGAAAACGCGACGGAUACCGGCCCCUACAGUUUGGAAAACGAGAAUAUCGACCGCUGCAAUUCGGGAAACGAGCCGCCGCCGGGAUGGAAGCCGUUUUCUUCCCCUCCAUC